AAAGUUCGUGCAUGCGCCGAAUCGGAAAAUGCACCACCCAUCGAGGUAGUCAUCAACGCCGGCAUAUUUUGUAAACACGUACGUCACGAGUUUGAGUGUUUCAUCUCAGUGGUGCCAGUCAACACAGGUGGCUGAGUUCUCAUGUGCGUGUGACAUGCUCGUUGUUCGAACACGUUUCAGUCAACGUCUUGCACUACUGGCUAGAAAAUGGCGGGAACGUACUGCGUGGUAGACUUCUGCACCACUAAGCAGUACGGUAGCACACCGAUGCAUAAGUUUCCGACCGAAACCUCUCAACGACAGCAAUGGAUCGAUUUUGUGCGUGCGACGGGACGCAAAGAUUGGGUUCCGUCGAAGAGCUCUCGCAUUUGCGCGCGUCAUUUUGAGACCUCGUGCUACGUAACAGUUCCUGAGUGCAUGGUGAAGCUUGGGUUUUCUCCCGGUCGCGCUCAGCUCCAGCGUGGCGCCAUCCCAAGCAUCUAUCCAGACAUGUGCUCCGUGUCAGCUGCAAGUGGUUCGAUUUCCCGCAAACGCCCUUGUUACGAGACAUGCUCGGACAGAGGACACGAGCCUGAUUUGCCUCUACACAUGCCCACCCACCUGUGUGCCAGCGGCAACGAUAAGGCUACAACUGCAGGCUGUUUUGUCGCAAAUGUUCACACACAAUGCCACGUUGAAGUUGGCAUUAGGGGUACACAAGCGGCUUUAAAACCAGCAUCAAGAUCAACAGGCGUUCAGACAAGGCUAACAGUACUCCCUGUUGAAGCUGUCCUGAAGGCUACACAAGUGGCUCUGAAACGAGCAUCAAGGUCAACAGGCGGUCAAACAAGGCCAAGAGUAUUCUGCGUUGAAGUUGACAUGGAGGAUGCAAAAGUGGUUCUAAAACCAGCAUCAAGGUCAACAGACGUUCAUACAAGGUCAACAGACGUUCAUACAAGGUCAGCAGACGUUCAUACAAGGCCAACAGUUGUGUGGCUGAAGAGCUCCACGCCAUGCCCAAAGCCGUCGCUUGUGUGUUCAGAGCCAUCACCAACGAACAAGGACGAUCCCCAGGAUGAGACCUACAAGCCCAAGUUUAACAGCUCUGAAGCGCACUGACACAUUUGACAACCUGUCCAGCCUUUUUCCCAUUUUCAUACCACGGAAUGCUUGCAAGGUUAUGUGGACAGACUGCUUGCUGUUGAAGAGUUCCUCAGCGAAAGCACUCCUGGGAGUCUUCCAGUGGAACCCCGUUAAGUUUCAAGCUCAUUGGGAGCUGCUGACGAGAAUGCGCUUGUGCAGUCCCAUUUGCAAGAUUUGCGACAUGUUAGUGACCAGAGAGCAAUAUUGAAGCAGCUCAAAGUUUGAAGCGCUCUGAAGCAAGUUCUCUUGUCGCAUCUUUGGUGACAAAUGUACGUAGAAUUCCACCAUCCAUAAGGCAACGUACUGGACACUGGUGACGUGAUCUCUGAGCCCAAACUUCAGCCGUUUGCAGUAAGAUUGUCUUGCCGUUUUCUGAAAGCACGCUUGUGACUUGCACGUCAUUCAUGGCUUUCUGCUCUGAAUCGCCCUUGGGCAGUUCAGUGUGGCUCACGAAGAAAUGUGAGAUGUCUUCCUUGACAUAAGUCACGACAUAAAAACCUGAAUCAAGGAAGGGAAUUUUGAGGGCUUGUUUCCUUGUUGGACACAACCUUAAUGAAGACCAGCAGAUAAUGAAGCCAAAGAAGGUAUAGGGGACAUUAAUUGUACUGUUUUGAGUGUAUUGUAGUAAUUGUGAUAUAGAUAUGGAGAAAGUAAAGGGGACGAAAAAGGCAACUUGCCGUAGGCAGGGACCGAACCUUGCAACCUUUGGAUUUCAUUGACAUAAAAAAACCUUGCGUUUCUGCAUUCUUUUGCCUGGUGACAUUUCUCCCAGCAUUGAAAGCACAUUCCACUUUGUUUAACCUUUCCUUUCUUCUCUUGUAGGGACAUCUCUUUGUCACUCUUGGUAAAGGAAUGUUGACCUAACUCACUGAAAAGGCAUGCUUUGUUAUGUUUAAAAGUUGUUGUUAAUGCAGCAGCUGAGGCAACGUGGCAUUGACUAAAUUCUCCCUGUUUUUUUGUCUUGAAUUCCUGCUAACGGCUUGAACAUCUCUGGGCAAUUUCAAAAGCUUUUUCUCUGCUGGUCACUUCCCUCUUCAAAAGCACGAGGAGCUCAGAAAAACCGCUGCUCUCGCCUACGUGGUCGUGCUUGUUUUGGCAAUAACGAAGCAAAAUCUCUUGUGGUAAACACUUUUCUAUAGCAACUUUAAGAGCACUGUAUGCCUGCUUCUUUACACCGAGGGCCUCAAGACUUUGACCAUGCUUCAAUAUUUCAUCAUAAGGAAGUCGCAAAGAAGUUAUGUUGACAGUUCAAGGCACAGGCUUUGACUCAAGCAGUCGACUUGUGAUCAUUCACGGCAACUUCCUUAGGUUUGAAGCGUUCUUUGAGCAAGUCUACAGUAAUUUCAUAAUUGCUAUCUCUUAGUGACAGUAGCUCUAUAUUCGCUGUUCAGGCCAUGAGAUACGCAUUCACUGCUUGGUGCAGGCGUUUAGGUGUCGGCAAUUGACUUCUGCAUUUUUCCUACGUGUCUGGUAACGUUAGAAAUCUUCAAACACAUGCCUAGAUAUUUGUUGGCUGCUAACACUUCCUCUUCCAAUUCAAAUUGCUCGUUUUCUACCAGUUGAGGGCAGUGUAGGCCUAAGUGCUGCUCCGAGGGACUGCAGGUUACGGUAGAAGAUGGUGGGUGUUGGCUUUGGUGGAGUUGAAGCUGCCCUCGGUAAGCUGCGUCAGUCUUACUGAGGGCAGCUUCUUUGGGGGUCCCUUCGGUCAGGUCUUUGUCGCUGGAAGUUGGGUUUUCGGCACCAUACUCUUAGGAAUGACAGAAGUUCGAGAUUUGUCACAACCAUGUACAAUGUUUAUUGGAACAGGGGAGCCCAAAUAAAAAGAAGACGCAUGCACCAGCAGUGCCAUGAAAACUUUUCUCUUGAUUUGUAUGAAUCUCCAGCAGAUGUGCUAUUUUUGACGUGUCCCAUUUACACAAUAGUGUUAUUUUAUUUUUAAAGCGAAUAGCAAAAAAGAUGACAGUGAUUCCACUCCUGCGCCAACUGCGCCAAAGUGCGCCAAAUUGUAUUUACUGCGCCAUCCUGAUAAUAUCGACGAAAUUUGCGCCAAACUGCGCCAAAGUCUCGGGUUUGGGGGCGUCUAUCACCGGCAAUCGCACCGCCGGCGCGUCAGAACAUGUGCAGCUCGAUCUUGGGGCUGCCAAUAAAGUCGCAGUCAUGGACCAAGAAUUAUUCCGCUGAAUAAAUAGCGCUCGCGCGUGCGUUCCGAGUAAGCCACGAUGCCAUGCACGGUGCCGACGCAGCUUCUGUUCUGCAAGUCGGCUCGACAGCAAAACGCGCUCUCCGCAGAGGCUCGUGACGUCUAGGCCAAUCGGUAGCGAGAAAGUGCGACGCCGAUUCAUCGGCAGACGUCGUCUGUUCCAGAAAUGCUGCUGAUAGCUCGUUUCAAGCGUCGCACGGCACGUAAGGAAAGCAAUGUUCAGUAAUAACUACAUGAGUGCCGCUAAAAUGUCUGUCACUUCUGUUUCCGGACAUCGCGGAAUGAAAUCUGGGAUCGCUCGCAGUAGAUAUAUGGGACAAUAUCGAAUUUUCCUUGCUUCGCGUUUAUGGAAGAGCACGCGAACGGUGGAAACGCGUUGACACUCUUCCUCAGAUAUACUUUAUUCAUGGAUCUUCAUCCAGAACAGCUUUUUCGCAAUUCCUUCCGCCAGCACGUCCGAGUUUGUAAUCGCUCUGCGGUAAAUACCCCCAAAAGGCCCUGCCCUUUCGAGCUCACGUGCUAGGGUUCCAAUUCGAUUUUUUUGCUUGCUUUUUUAAAAAUGUCAUCUCAUUAGUAAAAUCAUAUCUUCUGGUCGGAGCAGCCGCAAAUGCGCAGCUGUCAGUAGCGGGCCCGUCGCUGACGGCCCACAGUGAAGCGGCUACGCCAUGUUACACGUCCGCCCCUCGCUUUCGGGGGUCAAUAGCUAACAGUUAAAAAAAAAAAAACUAAGUUUCGCUUAAGAGCGAAGCAAUGAAUGCGAUACCAAAAAAUUGUAUUGUGAAACGAAGUAAGACUAGCAGCUAACUCUUUUGGAUCCGAUCUCGCGUAACCCAACAAAACGCUGGUUUAAGGGAAUAUGGCCCCUCCAGGAACCGAAGCGUUUUCUUGCCCUGAGUUUUCUAAACGCGAAGUAAGCGUUGAGCGCACAGCAAGUUUACGAGCCGUCUCCUGAUGCCUCGAGAUAGCGCAAGCGACUGCGCCCUUCGAACGAUGCGCCCCCCCCCCCCUUCCGCUCCCUACGAAAGACGGGCGGGGCGUUUCCUCUCUGUUUGAUGAGCAAUCGGCGGCAGGCCCGCACGCGGGAAGAUGUUAUUUCAUGCGUUGUCCGUGCGGCGGAGACAGACGGCCGGCUAGUUUAAUCUCCGCUUCAGCCGCGUUCGUCGCCAGCGCUCGCGAGCUUUUACCCGCGGCUAGAAUGCGCGUGGUGAUGUUAUUAAUUUGGACUUUAUACGGAAAAGUACGGCAACGGCGACGGCAAAAAUCCGCCGAGAGUGUCCAUAUAAUUGCUAUCGCAAGGGUCAAUGUACGGGGCAGAUUUUGCGCCCCCCCCUCUUAGGUGAUUAGGGGGGGGGGCGCCCCCCUUGCCCCCCCCCCGCCCUGUGCGCACGCCUAUGCUCCUGAGAUGAUUUUUUCCAUGAGAUUUGCAAUGAAUCGAAAUAUUUCUAGCCUUCAUAAGAGCCCCAUAAUAAUACUCAGGUGCUUGAAUGUUAAUGCAAUAUGCUUCUGUAUUGCACUCCAGGAUAUAAAAUUAUCUGCUCCAAAGUGCUCCCAGAUGCAAAAUUAUCUGCUCCAAAGUGCUCCAAGAUGAAAAUUUUGCUGCUCCAGAGUGCUCCAAAACGGAAAUUUUGCUGCUCCAAAAAUUGCUCCAAAUCAGAAGUCCUCGGUAGCAUCACUGAGAUGACUGAGUGGAGUGGUGUGGACAUGCUUCACCCGGGCUCCCGUGUCAUUUGUCAGUACAGAGACUUAUGUCUAAUCUUCAGGAUAUUGGUAUCUUUGAACCCACAGUCAGUGGUACGUGCCACGGGGCUGUCGCAUGCACAAUGGAAAACUGCAUAACCACCGGAUAUGGUAUCACAAUUUUGUGGGUCUGAAAUGUUUACUCUGGCAUGGUUAAACUGAAUUGUUUAUGCAAUUCCUGUGACUUUGCAUUUUUAUGCUAAUUAACAUUUGCAAAUUGUAUGCGAUUAGGUGCCUGGAGUUGUGUCAAAAUGUCAUCCUAUCACUGCUAAAAACGUAUCAUCUUGUGGGUCUUCAUACUAGGGGCUUUGGUUGCGUGCCAUUUUAUUGCCAUUUCCAAAACACGUAUCAACCAAGCACUCUCAAGUUUCAUGGGAAUGUUUGCAUGAGCUGUAAAUACUAUCUGCUUCUCCGCUCUAAGGUGAAUCAUACGUGAUGCUUUGUAAAUUACUGUGUGUGUACAUAAAUUUGUAAAUAUGAAUAAAGGAAUGGUCAGUACUUCCAAAAGAGAACACAAGUUCAGCAUCUAUUCUUUCACCUAAGCUGAUCCCUGUAUUGCUGACACGUACAAACAGGAGUUCAUGUUCAGUGUGUUGUAGUUAUUUUGGUUGAAGAUAAUCUUCAAAAUACAUUCAGC